CCCCCCCCCCCAAAAAAAAAAUAAAUAAAAAAAUAAAUAAAACCGCUUGGAAAGAUGGCACAUAAUGGAACGCAUCCCUUUUUGGAAAUGCUCAAAUCUUUUAAUACGGGCGACCUGAUCCUGGCCUUCUGCUUGUCGGUGCUGGUGGGCCUGCUUCUGGGGGCCCUGGUCUACGUCCUGCUGACCUGGGCGUCCCGCCGCAGGGCCACCGCCCGCAUCACCCGACGCUCCCGCAAGAAACCCGGCAAACCGCCGCGGUCUCAGAUCCCGCCGGACGGCCAGCUGGGCCUGUACCGGAGCACCUUCCUCGGCGUCUACCGCCAGCCCUCCCUGGAGCCGGUGGGACCUCUGGGGAGCAAACCGGGUCCGGAGACAUCCACCUUUCGUCCUCUGCCCCGGAGAGGCAGCCCGGAGAUGGGAGAAGACACCGAGGUCGAUUCGGCCCACUCGGAGUCCCCGGUUCCGAACAAGCGUCACUCCUUCUGGCUGGGUGGUAACGGACUGAAGGGUUUUCUCCCCUCGCAGACGCCGCCGCCGGCCUACAACAGCAUCAUCCACGCCUUCCAAGAGUCCUCCACUUGAAAGCCGCCCCCUCCCAGUCAAGUACUCGAGACCAUCAAGUCCACUCAGAAAUGGGUUUUACAUUAGACGCGUUUAAAGAUGCUGGCUGAACACGUGCCAAGACUGGAAAAAUACGCAAAAUCUGGCUGUCAGGUUCUUGAUUUUCCAUUUGCAGAUCUCGCGCCUGUGCCAAAACCCCCUCCGACCUCUCUAUAACUUGUCCUCCUACGUUUGAUAAAUAUGUAUGAUCAUUCCCGCGCGGUUUUAUUGUUUUAGUGUCCCUUCAAAGGUUGAAGGUGCCUGAAGGGAAUCCGCGCAAAUGUGCCGGAAACGCAGACAUUUUUCACAAAUUUUUCAUGCUUGCUUUUGAAAAUUGUUACCGCUGACAAAUAAAAAGUUUUUUUCCGCAGUUUUAAGAUUCUCAGCAUUUUCAGCAUGUGCGGACACACAACUGGUUCAUCUAAAAUCCA